AUGUGGAUGCAUAACGGAGGUCUAGGAGGCUGGAAAUACAUUAAGAGGAGGUUAGGACAGAGGCUUGCCGACAAGUGGUACCUGGGAGUUCAGGGUGGUACAGACAGCGAAUGGGCGUUUGCGCUGUUUCUCGACACUCUUGAAAGAAUGGGACACGAUCCCAGUUCCCAACCCGCCAACGGAUUUGGCCCGACAAUAUUAAGAAAGGCCAUGCUGAAGACCAUUGCGCUGAUCAAUGAGCUAAUCGAUGCUAUCCCGGAGAGCACCAUUCAGUCAGAACAUGUGGACACACGUAGCUUGCUCAAUUUUGCUGUUACGGACGGGAAAAGCAUCAUCUGCACUCGCUAUAUUAGCAGUGCUACGGAUGAGGCAGCAAGUUUGUACUAUUCAUCCGGGACUGAAUGGGGAACGAGAACCUCGGCACCAACUGAUCGAAACUAUCAAAUGGAACGUCGGGACAAAGGUGCCGAUAUCGUUUUGGUUGCCAGUGAGCCCCUGACUUUCGAAAGAGAAAACUGGGUGAACGUUCCGACCAACUCGAUACUAACCAUCCAUAACCAGACGGUUAUGGUUCAUCCGAUCAUUGACAAGUACUAUGACCGAAGUCCCUACCAUGUUAGAUCUAGUGCCUUUGUUCAGACGAAGGGCUUGAUCGCGAAUGAGAAGAUCUCAUCCCUUCUUAGCCCGACAGCGACCCCUUUGCCAACUCUUGAGGCCUCCAAGAAAACACUUGGACCGACAAUUCCUUUUGGUGUUUCUCGCAGCCAUACCCCCGAGCAGUCCUCAGUCGCCAAGUCAAGACCAUCGAGUACACUCCACGAGAUCUCAAUACCAGCUGAUUCAAGGUCAAUCACGACGAUAUCAAGUGCGCAAACCAACACAUCGCGACCUCCUGUUCAAGGGAACAUCAAGGUCAAGAGAGCCGCGCCAGAGAUUCAAGUCAAUGCUGACAGCGACACGGACUCGUUGGCCCCGGACGAGCAGAAUCACGGCAGGACUGAAUUUGGCCAUCCUAAUAAGUUGUCGCGAUUCUUCCCCGAGUUAACCAUGAGCUAG